AUGUCGAUUGUUAAUGAGAAGAAUGAUAAAGAAUCAACGAUUAUAGAACGUUUCGAUGAUAAUUGGAAAUGUCUACUCGUUCCGAAAGAUUCUUUCGGUAAAAAUAUUUGCACUAUUGAUUAUGAUGAUCAACAUUGGAGAACUAUUGAAUUACCUGAUAAUAAUCGAAGUAAGAAUGAUUCAACUAUGUUCUAUUAUCGAAAACGAUUUGAAUGGAUCUAUCCAUUCGAUCUUCAACGACAUAUGUAUUUACAUUUCACUGCAUCGGAAAGCAAUGAUCAGUUAGAGAACACAAUUGAAAUUCCUGGUAUUAUUAUUUGGUGUAAUGAAAGAUGUAUUUUCGAAGGAAUUUUAGCAAAUCAAUCGAUUGAUAUUACCAAUGAUGUACAAAUUAAUGCGGAGAAUAUUUUUGUUAUUUGUUCAUGUGAAGGAUAUUCUCUUUCACUUUAUGCUCGUCUCAUUAUUCCAUGUCUUCGUACAAUUCAUAUCGAUGCGAAUGAAUUGGUGUUAACAACAACAACAACAACAAGAACGUCAUUAGAUUAUACUGCUAGUUUCAAUGAAAUAACUCGACUGAUUGAUAUAAAGAUUGAUUCUUAUGAUGCAAUAGAUUAUGAUGAAUUCGAAUUCGAGAAUAUAUCCAACGAUGAUAUUGAUAAAGCAAAAAAAGCUCUAGAAAUUGGUCCUGUUCCACGUUUAGCCAUUGUUAUGUUAAUUAUCGGCACGCGCGGCGAUAUUCAACCUUUUAUCGCAUUAGGAAAAGCUCUUCUUCGAUAUGGACAUCGAGUACGUUUAGCUACACAUGAAACAUUUCGAAGUUUUGUUCGUGAACAAGGUUUAGAAUUCUAUCCAUUAGGAGGAAAUCCUGCUGAUUUAAUGUCAUUUAUGGUAAAGAAUGCUGGCAUUGUUCCCUCAGUCAGUAGUAUCAUAGCAGGUGAUAUCACUAAAAAUCGUCAGAUUAUUAGUGAAAUUCUUCAAUCAACAUGGAAAGCAUGUAUUGAUGUUGAUGAUGAAACUGGAAUUCCCUUUGUUGCCGAAGCUAUUAUUGCUAAUCCACCAUCAUAUGGUCAUAUUCAUUGUGCACAAAAAUUACAAAUUCCUCUACAUAUAAUGUUUACCAUGCCAUGGUCACCGACUGGUGCAUUUUCGCAUCCAUUAUGUCAAAUCAAUAAUAAUUACGGACCGCAAGAAUUGAUCAACCGUAUAUCGUAUACAGUUAUGGAAACUUUAGUAUGGUCAGGAAUGGGAGAUUUAAUUAAUGAAUUUCGUGAACAAACUCUUCAUCUUCCAGGUCUUCAUAAUCGGCAAGCCAUUCGUAUGAUGAUCGAUGAACAUGUUCCACAUACUUAUUGUUGGUCACCAUCACUUGUACCAAAACCAACAGAUUGGCCAGAUUAUAUCAAUGUUUGUGGUUUCUUUUUUCUUGAUCUUGCAACAAAUUACCAGCCACCAGAAGAUCUUCUUCAUUUUCUAAAUGCAGGUGAUCCACCCAUCUAUAUUGGUUUUGGUUCCAUUACAGGCCAUGAUUCCAGUCGUUUAUUAAAGAUUGUAUUAGAAGCUUUGAAGGUAACUGGAUAUCGAGCUCUUCUUUCAGGUUUAGCAAAUGAGAAUGAUUCUUUCCCAGAGAAUAUCUUCAAAAUUGGUAAUUGUCCACAUGAUUGGCUUUUUCAACAUGUAUCCGCUGUUUGUCAUCAUGGAGGUGCUGGUACAACAGCAGCUGGUCUUCGUGCUGGUAAACCUACUAUUAUUGUUCCGUUUUUUGGUGAUCAAUUCUUUUGGGGAUCAAUGAUAUAUCAAAGUGGUGCUGGUCCAAUAGCUAUUCCUGGUAAAGAUCUAGCUAGUCAUCAUUUGAUUGAAGCUUUUAGAUUUGUUCAUCAACAUAAUGCUCGUGAAGCAGCUGAACGAUUACGUUUAGCAUUUGCUGAUGAGAAUGGAUGUGAAAGAGCUGUUCAAUCGUUUCAUUCUCAUUUACCAUUACAUAAAAUGCAAAGUGAUCUUGAUUCAUCGUUUGGUGCAUGUUUUUAUCUAAAAGAUUAUAAUUUACAAAUCUCUCGACCUGUUGUUCAAGUACUUUUAGCAGCUGAAAAAAUUAAAGAAAGCCAAGUAACCUUACAUUCAACUUAUUCUUGGUAUCGAUUAAAAAAUGAUGAUCGUCUUUCAUUACCUUUUCAUAAUUUCAUGCGACAUGAACAGAAAGCACUUCGUUCUAUUUUUGUCAAUGCACCUGAAGCACUGAAACGAGUCAGUAGUGAAAACAAUUUUACCAAAGGAGUCCGUGAUAGUAGUCAUUGUAUUAUCAAAGGAAUUGGUCACGCAUCAAUUGGUUGUUUGGCAUUUUAUGGUGAUGUAACCGAUACAUUGGAACGUUUACCUAAUGCCUAUAAUCGUUAUUCCUAUGCUGAGCAACAUGAACAGACACAAGUAAAUAAUUUUCAAUCGGGAAUGAAAGCAGCUGGAGAUUCACUAUGGUAUGGAUUUAAAGAUGGAAUCACAGGAUUAGUAAGAAAUCCUCUAGUUGGUUAUAAUCACGAUGGAAUUCGUGGUGUAGCAACUGGUACAGCAUUGGCUAUUCCAAAUUUAGUUUUGAAACCUCUUGCUGGUACUUUAGCAUCAAUAACAUGGCUUAGUCGUGGUGUCUAUGCUCAAGCAACACAAGUAUCAGAAGAAAAGAAAAACAAACGAAAUAUUCAAUUGAAAUUGGAUUCUUUCAAUGAACUUCGUCGACCAAUAAUCGAUUUAACUGAUGAGAGUUCACCUGAAGUUCGUGCUUCAUCUGAAUCAGGUUUAACAAUCGAUGUAUGUCGAACUAUCUUACAAGCAUUCGAAAAAAUCCUCAUUGAAAACAAUCGAAUGAACAAAUCACUCGAACGACAACGUAGUCAUUCAACGCCAGACACUUAA